GGGAUACUUUGGGAUACAGGAACACCAGGCAUUGACGUACAAUGCGAGGGGAACAGGAUGGCGCAACAAAGACUGACAGCACAUGGGGCACUUAAAUACAGACAUGAGGUAACGAGACAAUGAGGCACAGGUGGGUGAUACAAGAGGCGGUGGUCAACACACAAGGAGCAGGCCACAACAGGUGAAACCAAUGGGCAAUCACAUGGAUGGAUGUAACAUGGGGUAUGAUUCCCAAUUUUCUGCCAGUGCUUGUUUUUCCCACACUCCCUAAAUGCAUCACGUCACAUGACAAGUCACAAUAUACCAAUUAGCCAAUCACCAGUCACCUAGUCACUAUAUAAGCUGCCUUGACUCCUCUCCCUACAGUCAUGUGGGGCAGAAGCGAAGUAGCGACAGUUGGAGGCGGUGCUAAGAUCUGCUGAAGAUGAAUAGCGGCGGGGGUCACACCAGCCCCGAGCCCACCCGAGGGAUGGAGUCCCACAAGAGGAAGGACUGUCCCUCAGACAUGCUCGGACCAAGCCCUAAGAGGAGCACGGAGCGGCCAAAUCGCGAGCAGGAAAACAAAUACAUCUCAGAGCUGGCCGAGCUCAUCUUCGCCAACAUCAACGACAUGGAUGACCUUAACGUUAAGCCCGACAAGUGCGUCAUCCUCAAGGAGACGGUCAAGCAGAUCCGGCACAUCAAAGAGCACGAAAAAGCUCCAGUGACCGACGCGGACGAAGUGCAGAAGGCCGACAUCUCGUCCACCGGGCACGGCGUCAUCGACAAGGACACUCUGGGGCCCAUGAUGCUGGAGGCUCUGGAUGGCUUCUUCUUCGUGGUGAACAUGGAAGGCAACGUGGUGUUCGUGUCGGAGAACGUCAGCCACUAUUUGUGCUACCAGCAGGAGGAGCUGAUCAACACCAGCAUCUACAGCGUCCUGCACGUGGGCGACCACAACGAGUUCGUCAAAAACCUGCUGCCAAAAAGCCUUGUCAACCACUGCGGCGGCGACCCGUCGAGCAGGAACAGUCACGCGUUCACCUGCCGCAUGUUGGUCAAGCCGGCGCCGGUGGACGGCGAAGGCUCGUGCCAGGGGGUUGAUCAACAGGAAGCCACGCAGCAGAAGUACGAAACCAUGCAGUGCUUCGCCGUCUCCCAACCAAAGUCCAUGAGGGAGGAGGGGGAAGAUCUGCAGUCGUGCCUCAUCUGCGUGGCCAGAAGAGUCCCGGUGAAGGAGCGAGCGUCCGCGCCGUCGUACGAGAGCUUCACCACGCGACAGGACCUCCAAGGUAAGAUCACCUUGCUGGACACCAGCUUGCUCCGGGCCUCCAUGAAGCCCGGCUGGGAGGAUCUGGUUCGCCGCUGCAUUCAGCGCUUCCACCUGCAGAACGACGGCGACGUCUCCUUCGCCAAACGACACCAGCAAGACGUGUUGAGGAACGGGCACGCGCUCAGCCCCCUGUACCGCUUCUCGCUGUCCGACGGCACGGUGGUUUCGGCGCACACCAAAAGCAAGCUGGUCCGUUCGCCCGCCACCGACGAGCCACAGCUCUACCUGUCCUUGCACAUAUUGCAGAGGGAGACUAUGGGUGCCGCGCCACCGGACGUUCCUGUCAGCAGCUCCCCAGAUGCCGCCAUCACCGGCAACCACUUGCCCGUGUGUUCACCGCAGGCCAACGGCUUCAAACCAGGCAGUCCCUUAGCCCAGGGAAGCCCCAAUGUCACCUCGGGGGUCCAGGGCACUUAUUUGUCCCCUUGCCAUCAGCACAGUCCCAAUAUGGUGGCGAGUAGCAGCAACGGUAGCCCCCGCGCGGCCCAUCUGCCCGCUACUUUCUCACCGGUCAACGGCCUCCGUUCCCCGGCGUCUAUCAGUAGUAGCUCCAACAACCUCGGCUUUGACACACUGGGAGCCCUUCAAGCACUCAGUCAGAGCCACGGGGCUUCCGAGUCCCCCGAUGGUAACGUCGCCCAAGAGACGGAGUGCCUAGGCCCGGAAGCCGAUUUACCGGGAAGGUUCAGGGAGGACUCGUCCCGACCCGAGGACGAGGACCCGGAUAGCUCGGACGAGCCGGAUCGGCGUUUGAGCGGCAAAGGCCACACGCAGCUUCUGCAGCUCCUCACUACCAAGCCAGAACCUGCUGACCCCUGCUCGUCUCUCGGGGCGCUAGCGGACGAGCAGUUGGCAGGGGUGGGCGCCUGUCUCGGGGCGCCGCAUGCCAACCACUCGGCCUCGCUGAAGGAGAAACAUAAAAUCUUGCACAGGCUGCUCCAGAACAGUAGCUCGCCAGUGGAAAUGGCCAAGCUCACAGCCCAGGCCACAGGGAAAGAGCCCGCCGGGGCCGAGUCGGCGAGCGGCGGCGAUGAGGGCUCGGCUGAGUCGGGCGUGAAGCAGGAGCCCGAAAGCCCGAAGAAGAAAGACAACGUGCUGCUGCGCUACCUGCUGGACCGUGACGACAACUUGGUCCUGGACAAAGCCAUUAAGAUGGAGGGCGGAGACAUCAUCAAGAUGGAGAAACAAGACCCCGUUUUCAAUCUGGCCGAGCAGAACGAGCUAGAAGACCUACUGGACAACAGCCGUCUUCAUCAUCAUGAGUUGUUCCCCCGAGGAGUUCCGGCUUCUUCGUCCUCGUCUUCGACUGCUCCCACCGGGAUCAUGGCCGACAUACUGAACAUGAUGGACGGAGUCCACGGGGAACACGCGAGCCCGACCCCACAGCAUCGGACCUUCACAGCGGUCGGGUCUCCAGCUCCAGUAGGCAGCACAAGACCCGCCCUAGCGGCCCGAGGAGCCCCGCCCGUCAGGAGCCUAUCGCUGGACGGCAUGGGCACCAGGCCCCUCCCGCCGCAGCACAGGAGCAGCAACGUCGUCAACAACAGCCCGUAUUCGUUACUACAGCAGCAGCAAAGCAUGAUGGGAAACCACACAGGUGCCGCCAACAACCACACAGGCAUUUUGUCCGGCGGCCCAACGCAGCACGGCUGGGGACCCACUGGGGUCCCAUGCGCAAGUCAGGGGCCUCGUGCGGCUCAGAUGGUCCCAGACGUCAAUGGGGCCGUCCCCGCCAGGGGGGCGCCGCCCACCCGUUCCGUCGUCGGCAUGCACAUGAUGGCUGCCGGAGGUAAGAUUUGUUUACUCGCUGACUCAUAUACCCAUUUACCUUCUUCGUCUUUUGUCCAAUCAGAGAUGGAGUUAACAAACUCGGGCUACCAGCAGCACGCGCCGCCCAAUCAGACGGCCCCGUGGCCCGACAGGAUGAUGCUGGAGCACUACAUGAGUCAAAACAGCCCCCGUUUUAGAUCACCGUACGGGGAGGAUGGGAUCGGGUGUUGCGGGGGAGCAGCGCCCGAGGGCCCGGCGGACGAGGGGGCGCUCCUCAACCAGCUGUGCUCCGUGCUCAAGGACUACGAGGGCCUGGAGGAACUGGACAAGAUGCUCGGGAUCCCCAGCAUGGCCGGACAGGGUCCCGCGUCGGAGCCAGACCAGCUUUUCGCCCCAUCGGACCCGAUGGCGGCCAUCAAGCCCCCCGUGUACGCUCAGCACUACGGCUACGGCGGACCCCCGCCUCCAGACGCCUCCUUCCUCUGCUCGUCGGUGGGCGGAGGCCACAUAGGGCAGCAGAGGUUGGGCGGCUACCCGCCCGUCAUGAGAAUGCCCGGCGUGCAGGGGCACCGGGCGGGCAGCGUUCGGUCCGUCGGGGCAGGUGCACCGCUACCGCCGCAACCCAACAACCUCCGGAUGCAGCUGCAGCACCGAUUGCAGCUUCAGAACCGUCAGCCAAUCAUGAACCAGAUGACUGGGGUGUCCGGUAUCAAUCUACCUCUGAGGUCCAACCUUCCCAACCAGGGUUCGUUCAACACGCAGAUGUUAGCGCAGCGUCACCGCGAGUACCUCAGCAACCACCUGCGGCAACGUCAACAACAGCAACAACAACACGGCGCCAUGAUGCCUGUCAACAUGCCCGCCAACAUGGCUGCCGCGGGGGGCGGGUCCAACCCGCGUCUGGCUCAAAGCGCCGCCGCUCAACACUACGGCUAUGCCGCGCAAGGCUACGGAGGCCUCAGCCAUCCUCCUCCUCAUCCUCAUUUGGACUCGGCGUCCAUGUUGUCACCCGGUAUGCAAAUGCAGGGAGGGGCGGCGCCCGCCUACUCUGACGUCCCAGACAUCAACUCGUGGAUGCAACCUGCCAACAACGUGUUCCAACCCCAGCAGGCGCCGUUCGCUGGCAACGUCAACGUCUACAACAACAUGAACAACAGAGGCGCAAACAUCAACAUGGCCACACACGUCAGCAACAUCAUGCAUCAGGAACAGGUGGGUGACGGCAAUCUGAUCCUAGAUCAGCUGGCGGGAAUGGACAUGAUACCGCAAGAUGGCGACGUCAACUCUAACUUCUGCUGCUGACCCUGACGGACCCGCGAUCUGGAGGCUUCCGGUCCAAGUGGAUUUACUCAUUGGCUGCCAUUGACGGGAGACAGAUCAACCCGAGUUGCUUUGAAAAAAAAGAGCAAAAUACCACUUGGAACACUGAAACUAAGGAAACUCAUCCGCAACCUCCCUCCUGGCAAAUUGGCUUUAAUUGUACUUCAUAACUUAACAUUGUUUGUCAUUGACGGCAGUAGACAUCCAAUCCAUUUUGAAUGGGACUCAAAAUAGAUUGGACGUCGAUCUCCGUCAGUGGCAGCGAAUGAGUUGUUGAUGCAAAAUGAACUGCAUUUCAAGUCCUAAUUUGUGGGCAAAAAAAAAAAACUUUAGGUGGAUUAUCUGUUCAGGACGCUAUAUUUGACUGAAGAUGUCACAUACUGACAAAUAUUUCCUGGAUAUUUCUACGUUUGAGUAGAAAUCCAAACAGUACAUUUGGGAACUGCUAUCCAUCUGAAUCGCACGAAUACUGUAUAUACAGAAAAAGGUAAGAGUGCGGCGGAUUCGCUCAAAAUAGCACAAAUGUCCAUUAGGGCUGCCGUACACUUUGAUAGUCGAUUAAUUUUUCCAAGGAUUGACUAAUCGGUUCAAAUACUGUACGUAUCAGUCAUGUUAUGUAACUCUAGACUUGUUUUCCAGCAAAAUAUCUUAUUUGGAUUCAUUACAAACAUCAUUAUUUGCGAUCAUUGAGGCAAAAAAAAAAAUCUGAGAUCAAUUAUUGUGUUUUUUAUUUUGUAAUGAUAUUAGUAAAAUGAACAAAAAUUAAGUAGAGGAGCAUUGAGAGAAAGCAGACUUCCGCCUAAGCAGCCAGAGUCAAAGCAACGCCAUAUUUGGUCAAGUAGGCACUCGCAUUAAGCAUAAGUUAUCAUUAAAUUCAUUUUCGGACCUCUGUGACCUUUGACCUCAUCCCAAAAUUCUGUUUCAUACUACAAACAUAUGCUGCAAGUUUGACAAUUAUCCCUCGAUUCAUUCUAGAGUUAUCACAAAAUUCCUUUUCUGACCUGACUUUUCACCUUUGACCUCAUGACACCAACAUGUAAUCACCUUUUUAGUUUCGUUCGACAAACAUAUCAUGCAAGUUUGCAAAUAAACCCCUUAUCCAUUCAUUUUCUUGCAUCUGUGGCCUUUGACCUCAUUAUCCAAAAAUUCAGUUUCAUACUACAAACAUAUCCUGCAAGUUUGACAAUAUUCCCUUGUUUCGUUCUUGAGUGAUCACACAAUUUAUUUUGUGACGUCUGUGACUUUUGACCUUUGACCUCAUUGCGCCAACAUAUAAUCACAUCUUCAGAUUUAUUUUACAUAUAUCCUGCAGGUUUGCUAAUAAAACCCAUAUCCGUUCAUUUUCUUGCAUCUGUGACCUUUGACCUUACUACUCCAAAUUCUGUUGCACACUACAAACAUAUGCUGCAAGUUUGACAUUUAUCCCUUGAUUCGUUCUUGAGUUAUCACAAAAUUCCUUUUCUGACCUCUUUGACUUUCGACCUUUGACCUCAUUACACAAACAUGUAACCCACUCUUCAGAUUUAUGCUUCAAACAUCCUGAAAGUUUGCUAAUAAUCCCCUUAUCCAUUCAUUUUCUUGCAUCUGCGACCUUUGACCUCAUUAUCCAAAAAUUCCAAUUCAUAUUACAAACAUAUGCUGCAAGUUUGACAAUUAUGCCUUUAUUCGUUCUUGAGUUAUCACAUUUUCUGACGUCUGUGACGUUUGACCUUUGACCUCAUUGCACCAACAUAUAAUCACCUCUUCAGUAGGGAUGGGAAUUGAUACGAUUUUUACGAUUCCGAUUCAAUUAUCGAUAUUGCUCAUCGAUUCGAUUCCUUAUCGAUUCUCUUAUCGAUUCUAAUUUGGGGAAAAAGAAGAACAAACAUUUUGAUUGGCAUCGAGUUUGUUUAAUCAGAAGUCACAACCUUACAAAGUCACGAGGUCAAAAGAGGCCCAAAGCCUCGAUGUUAACCGUGGCAAUGAAACUGUGGCAAAUACAGAAGAAUGUGUAACAUUUUACUGAAAUAUUUUUCUAAUAUAAAUAAAUCCUCCUUUUUAAAAUGACCUAUGAGCUGAUAGCACUCAAAAAUAAUAAACAAAAGAUAAAUACUGUCAAAUACAACAGAACAGUGCGUAGUACAAAUGUGCAAGAUUAAUUAAUUUACGGCUGCAAUGCACGUGCUAAACCAGCGUAACCUACUCAUGUAGUCGUACUUGCUGAAUUGAGCGUGCGUAACAUGGGUAAGUUACGUGACAUAAUUCGUGCUGGUUGGAAUUGAUAAGAGAAUUGUUACAUAAACUGCCAAACGAUUCCAUGGAAUUGAAACACAAGGAACCGGCUCUCUAUAAGAACCGGUUCUCGAUUCCCAUCCCUACUCUUCAGAUUUAUUUUGCAAAUAUCCUGCAGGUUUGCUAAUAAAACCCUUAUCAAUUCAUUUUCUUGCAUCUGUUACCUUUGACCUUAUUACCAUAUAUGCUGCAAGUUCGACAUUUAUCUAGGGCUGCAGCUAUCGAAUAUUUUAGUAGUCGAUUAAUCGAUGGACUAGUUAGUUCGAAUAAUCGAGUAAUCGGAUAAGGAACAUGAAAAAUUUAAAUACCUGAGCUGAGCGGCAAACAGUAUAAAUUUUUUUUUUUUUUGGCUUUGGCUUUUCUUUGGCUUCUUUGGCUAACUUACAUAGAAAAAGUCCGCUAGCUUAAAUGCUAUAAAAUGUUAACUUUUUUUUUUUUUUAAUGCUUUUAACAAAUGGUUCAGACACAUAUUCCCACAAAAAACGGCUAAAUAUACUGAUAAACUAAAUUGUGAAUGCAUUGAAAAACAUUACCUCAAACAAAAACUUAGCUUAAGUUGGUCUUAACGGGGAGCAGUUUGAUUCAGCCAUGUGAAGAGGUUGACCAGAGGGAUGUGUAUCCACCCAAAUCAAUAAAACUAAACGCAAACACUUCCCAAAUAAACCAUUACAAUGCCACCUUAAUUAAACGAAUCCUCGAAACGAAAAAAUUUAAUUCGAAUAUUUUUUUCCUAAUCGAAUAUUCGAGUUAAUCGAAUAAUCGUUUCGGCACUACAUUUAUCCCUUGAUUCGUUAUCACAAAAUUCCUUUUCUGACCUCCGUGACUUUUGACCUUUGACCUCAUUACACAAACAUGUUAACCACUCUUCAGAUUUAUGCUUCAAACAUCUGAAAGUUUGCUAAUUAUCCCCCUUAUCCACUCAUUUUCUUGCAUCUGUGACUUUUAACCUCAUGACCCUAAAAAUGUAAUCACCUCUUUUGUUCCAUAUGAAAAACACAUCCUGCUAGUUUGAUAAUUAUGCCUUGUUUUGUCUAAAGUUUUCCAAAAAAUCCUUUUCUGACCUUUGUGACUUUUAACCUUGGACCUUACCACUCCGAAAUAUAAUCACCUCUUCUGUUUCAUGCUACAAACAUCCUACCAGUUUAACAAUUAUCCCUUUAUUCAUUCUUAAUUUAUCACAAACAUUUGACCUUUCACCUCAUUGCACCGACACGUAAUUACCUUCAAUCCGCAAACACCUCCUACAAGUUUGUGAACAAUCCCCUUAUCUAUUCAUUUUCUUCCAUUUGUGACCUUUAACCCCAAAAUAUAAUCCCUAGUUUAGCCUUCAAAUGGUCACCAAAUUCCUUUUUCACUUUUGACCUUUGACCUCACUACUUUGAAAUUUAAUCACCUCUUCUGUUUCAUUCUAAGAGCAUAUCCUGCAAGUUAGCUAAUAGUCCUUUCAUUAAUUCUUGAGUUAUAUAACCUUUCUGUAGGUUUCAUAUAAAAUUUAAAAGGAGAAAUACUGUUUUUUUCCCUUUUUGUACGAUUCAUCAAUGAUCAAAAAUUGUCGACUCAUUGAAUUGUGGCAGCCCUAAUGUUGACUUGUACGAAGCUGACAAACACAUCAACCUCAACUCGUCCUUUAACUCAUUAACUGCCAUUGACGGUGAUAGAUGUCAGGGGUGUUUUUUAAAAAAAAAAAAGAUUCUAAGACCUCAAAAUAACACAUUUUAGAGCUGUAAUUGCAAUUUUUGCUUAAGUUAUCAUACCGUCAUAAUCUCAUACCAGCUGAGAUUUGAGGCAAUACACAGCCCUAAUAGACUGCCAAUCCGUUUGGACUGGGAGGGAUUGGACGUCUAUCGCCGUCACUGGCAUUGAAACGUGACGUGACGAGAAAAAGCAAUCCUGAAUGUCAUUUUGCAGCCUCACUCGGGCUGACAAACAUAUAAAAAUAAAUAUUAUAUAUUAAUAUAUAGACAUUAUAUUGUACGUGAGAUUUUUCUUACUUGCUAGAUUGCUAUUUUUCUGUAUAGCUAAAUGAUAAUAAUGCCUUAGAAGUUCCAUCAAAAGUAUUUUUGUCUUUGUAUUACUGCACAACGGACAUAUUUUCUCUUAUAGAUGAUUUUAUGAUAUCAUUUAGGACAUUUCAAAAAUCAUGAAUGUAAAAUCCGAGCUGAAAUAUUAGUCGCUCAUUUGCAUUGUUUUCUUAAUCUAAGAGUGUCAAAUGUUCUUCUCUUUGGCUUUGUGCAAUGAAGCAUAUUUAAUGUAUGGUUUUAAAGUUGCAAGCUGUUGAAAGAACAUUAUUAUAACUAGGCCUGCAAGCAGGACUGAACGGGCCCUCGCAAUCUAGCGCAACUCGGACGUCAUGCAACUCGGACUGUGUGCAGGUCAGGGUGGUGGCAGAUCGUCCUCUCUAAUCAUCUCAUUAGAACCAAACAUGCGCGAAAGUUGCCUCUUUACAUUCACACACCUAAGAGAUAAAAACCCCUAUUGGACAGAGGACUACAAAAAAGGAGCGAAUAAAGGGUCAUCACAGCAACAGACAGAGACAUGUGGACAUGGGCCGUAAAAUAAGAAUUUUAAAAGGUCUUGAAACUACAAUGACCAACCUGAAAAGAACUGGACAUAUAUUUCAAGAAAUGAGUGACUUUCUAUUGCCACUAGUUGGCGCUGUAGGGUUGAUGCAAAUGACCCCUACAGGACCCUUCAGACUAUGACUCAACAAGCACGAUAUGUUUGGCGCAGAUAUGUUGUAGAAGUUAUGACUGUUCAAAACUUGUGGUGAGACGAAAUGGCUUCAGUCAUUUUUACUUCUCCUGUUGGACCCUUCUGCUUCAACCAAACCUCAGUAUUUUUCAUCAGGCACCUGAACACAUGUCUUAAGGCUCCCCUGAUGCAGGUUUGAGGUGAAUAGAUUUUUUUCCCUUGGAGGAGGAGCCUGUUUCGUAAAAAAGGCAUUUCCUGUUCCCACUAGGGGGCGCUAGGCCUAAUGAGUAAUAUUUCAAUGCACUCGUGUUAAGGGUGGGAUGCCGCAUAUACAUGCCAGAUAUGAAAAAGAUUGAACGUUGUUUCAAGGAGCUAUUAGUCCUUUACUGAAUUUGUCAUUUUGCCGAAAAAAUGGCCGACUUUGGCACCACGCCCAGGUCAGACCCAUGAAUGAAAACGCACCAUUUUGAAAGGUUUAGAUUUCAUAUGUCUCCUGAAUUGUCUAACCAAUUUUGAAGAUGAUCCAACUGAUUCCCUCUGUGACAAGGUCUCAAAUGUGCACCCUGUUAAUUGAUAAAAAUUUCACAUUCGAUCCAAAAUACCCGAUUUCCUGUUGGGUUUGGAAUAUGGGUGCAAGAGACUUUUUGGAGCAGUUUUGCACAAGGUAUCGACUCCCCAAAUUUCAUUGCUCUACGUUAAAAAAACCUAAUAGGAAACGCCUUUUUGAAAAAUUCAAGGGGGCGCCACUGAGCCAUUUUGUUACAUUUUUUUGUAACGUUGCAAGAUUAUCGAAAUCCACACAAAGCCGCAUGUAUGUGCAAAAUUUGGUGAGUUUUUGUGCAUGUCCAGGCCUCCAAAUGUAAACUGUACUAGAAAUGGACAGAAAUUUCACAUUCGAUCCAAAAUACCCGAUUUUCUGUUGGAUUUGGAAUAUGGGUGCAAGAGGCUUUUUUGAGCAGUUAGGCAUAAGGUAUCUACUCCCCAAAUUUCAUUGCUCUACGUUGAAAAAACCCAAUAGGGAAGGCCUUUUUUAAAACUCCUUUCUGUCGCCACUAGUUGGCACUGUAGAGUUGAUAAAAAUGACCCCUACAGGACCCUUCAGGGUAUGACUCUCAACAAGCAUGGGAAGUUUGGCGCAGAUAUGUUGUAUAUCUGCUGAGUUAUGACUGUUCAAAGUAUUUUGCGAGACAAAUUGUUGACGAUCAUUUUCACUUUCAUGUUUGGACCCCUCCGCUUCAACGAAACCUCAAUAUUUUUCAUCAGGCACCUGAACACAGGUCUUAAGACUCCCCUGAUGCAGGUUUGAGGUCAACAGAUUUUUUUCCCUUGGAGGAGGAACCUGUCUCGUAAAAAAAGGCAUUUCCUGUUCUCACUAGGGGGCGCUAGGCCUAAUGGGUAAUAUUUCAAUGCAGUCGUGUUCAGGCUGGGAUACCGCAUAUACAUGGCAGAUAUGAAAAAGAUUGAAAGUUGUGUCAAGGAAUUAUUAGCCAUUUACUGAAUUCGGUGUUUUGCCGAAAAAAUGGCCAACUUUGGCACCACGCCCAGGUCAGACCCGUGAAUGAAAACACACCAUUUUAGAAACUUAAGAUCUCAUAUGUCUCCUGAACAGUCUCACCAAUUUUGAAGAUGAUCCAACGAACUCCCUCGGCGAAAAGGUCUCAAAUGUGCACCCUGUAAAUCGAUAAAAAUUUCAUAUUCGAUCCAAAAUAACCGAUUUCCUGUUGGGUUUGGAAUAUGGGUGCCAAUGCUUUUUUGAAGCGGUUUUAGACAAGGUAUAGACUCCCCAAAUUUUAUUGCUCUACGCUGACAAACCCUAAUGUUAUAGGCCAAUUUUAAAAUUUCAAGGGGGCGCCACUGAGCCAUUUUGUUACAAUUUUUUGCAACGUUGUUAAAUUAUCGAAAUUUACAAUUUUCCGCACGUAUGUGCAAAUUUUGGUGACUUUUCGCGCAUGUUCAGGCCUCCAAAUUGGCCGUUUUCAUUUGCCCUGAAAAAAAAAAAAAAAAAAAAAAAAAAAAAUAAUCCUUUGCAAAACAAUAGGGCCUUCGCACGCCUAGUGCUCGGGCCCUAAUUAUAAUAAUGAUCGUUCAUGUUGUCAGAAAGCGCUGCUUUUUUGUUGUCUCUGUCGCUCGCUGCUUGUUAAUUUAUCAUUGA